AGUAAGUAUGCUUACCAUGCACUCUGUCCACUGGUAAGUAAGUAUGCUUACUAUGCACACUGUCCAAUGUUCAGUAAGUAUGCUAACCAUGCACUCUGGCCACUGGUCAGUAAUUAUGCUUACCAUGCACACUGUUCACUGUUCAGUAAGUAUGCUUACCAUGUCCACUGUACAGUAAGUAUGCUUACCAUGCACACUGUCCACUGUUAAGUAAGUAUGCUUACCAUGCACACUGUCCACUGUUCAGUAAGUAUGCUAACCAUGCACUCUGUCCACUGUUCAGUAAGUAUGCUUACCAUGUACACCAUCCACUGUUCAGUAAGUAUGCUUACCAUGUACACUAUCCACUGUUCAGUAAGUAUGCUUACCACGUACACUGUCCACUGUACAGUAAGUAUGCUUACCAUGUACACUGUCCACUGUACAGUAAGUAUGCUAACCAUGCACUCUGUCCACUGCUCAGUAAGUAUGCUUACCAUGUACACUGUCCACUGUACAGUAAGUAUGCUAACCAUGCACUCUGUCCACUGUACAGUUAGUAUGCUUACCAUGCACACUGUUCACUGUUCAGUAAUUAUGCUAACCAUGCACUCUGUCCACUGUUCAGUAAGUAUGCUAACCAUGCACUCUGUCCACUGUACAGUUAGUAUGCUAACCAUGCACUGUCCACUGUUCUGUAAGUAUUCUAACCAUGCACUCUGUCCACUGUUCAGUAAUUAUGCUUACCAUGCACAUUGUUCACUGUUCAGUAAGUAUGCUUACCAUGCACGUCCACUGUACAGUAAGUAUGCUUACCAUGCACACUGUCCGCUGUUCAGUAAGUAUGCUAACCAUGCCCUCUGUCCACUGUUCAGUAAUUAUGCUUACCAUGCACACUGUCCACUGUUCAGUAAGUAUGCUAACCAUGCACACUGCUCACUUUUCAGUAAGUAUGCUUACCAUGCACUCUGUCCACUGUUUAGUAAGUAUGCUUCCCAUGCACACUGUCCACUGUUCAGUAAGUAUGCUAACCAUGCCCUCUGUCCACUGUUCAGUAAGUAUGCUUACCAUGCACACUGUCCGCUGUUCAGUAAGUAUGCUAACCAUGCACUCUGUCCACUGUUCAGUAAGUAUGCUUACCAUGCACACUGUCCACUGUACAGUAAGUAUACUAACUAUGCACUCUGUCCACUGUACAGUUAGUAUGAUAACCAUGCACACUGUCCACUGUACAGUAAGUAUGAUAACCAUGCACACCUGUCCACUGAUGGGAGAUAACUCUGACCACACUAUAAUCCACUCGCACAUAAAGGGGAUUUUCAUGAUUGAUACAACCAUUCUGUAAAAAUGACACAAGUAUGAAACAAAAACUCAUAUCAGACUAGAUACACUGUGAUGUACUGUAGUCAUUAAGACUAACGUAUACAAACUAAGUAAAAACCAUCCUGUCACUCAAUAAACCAUGUGUUACAAAGAUAUAUUUUCUGCAGAAAGUCACUGUAUAAACAAAUUAUUUUAAUCUAGAUAGUUCUUGAAAAAUAGGUGAAACUUCAAAUUAAUCCUUUCAAGCAAAUUAAAAGUGAUACUGUCCUUAACCUAAGGUUA